AUGGCUGUGAUCAAAAAGGUGAAAGCCAAGAAAGCAGUUGUGCAGAAGGGUGCGGAUCAGAACAAGGCCUCUGCUAAAGAGGAAAAGAAGGAAAUGAGUAGCCUUGAUGAAAGUGACCCGAAGAAAGUUCAGAAUAUGAAAGAACAGGGUCGUCUUGCGCUAAGCGCACUAAAGAAACAUUGUGCAGAACGAAGCGGGAAGUCUCUCUUUCCUGACAUUGAUCAAGCUGUUGGCAUCGCGGUAGUAUACAAGAAGCCUCCUUUGACGACCGAAAAGGCACGGGUCAAGAUAAUACUUCCAUGUCCACAUCGAACACCAUCUGAUGCAUCAAUAUGUCUCAUUAUGCCGGAUCUUGAUCAAAGCGCUGCUGGAAGAACAAGCAAGGCGCGACAGUGGGCUGAAAAGAUUGAGAAGGACCACGGUCUUACAAAUCAGCAUUACUCAAAGAUUCUUACCAAAACUGCAAAUUGCGAAACGAGAGUAUCACACGUUUCUCUCAAAGGCGUGCCUGAGGCAACAACCUACGAAUUUGUUUUCUUGGUAGAUAUGUUUCGGGUUGAGAAAGAACCUCUGGACUUCAAUUAUUCCAAGCCGCUGGUGACCGCGAUUGAAAAAAAUCAGUUGAAAGACAACAUGUAUCCUUGGGUCAUCUUGGGACAACCGUUAUCGGAUCUCGCCUCCAAUUUCGAUACGGUCGUGGAUGCUGUGCUUAGUUCAUGUCCAGGUGGUCUAUCCAACGUACGCAGUAUAUAUGUGCAACCAGUUGGAUCUUCGCCUUCUCUACCUGUCUACGUUGACAACGGUAUGGCAUCUGAAGUUCAACUGGAGAAACCAACAAAACGCAGGCGGUGCAUGGAACAGGUCACUGACGAGUGUUCUACACUUCCUGAUGGCUUGAAGCUCGCUGUUAGGAGAAAUGGCAAACUUCGUGUGGUGAAAGAGGAUUCUGGUCACACUAUUUUCUACCCUACAGUUCAUGAUGAAUGGCAAGAACGCGAUCGAUUGAAGCCGACCAUCGAUCCUGCCAAACUGGAGCGGAAACAUGCUAUCAAAAAGAAGCGAAUGCAAAAACGCCUAACACUGAAGAAAAUCAAGUCUGGUGAAGUGGUUACCGUCCGUCAUGAUGCAAAAUGA